GUUGUCCCAGCGUUCCGCGCGCUGCUCUCUCUUUCCGGUUCGGAGCCAUCAGCGGGGCGGCAGCUGAGGCAGCGCCGGGUUCCGCGUCCAUCCGGCUCCAUCCGGCUCCAUCCGCGGCCGCUCCGAGCGCUCCCUGCCCGCAGACAUGGCGAUCCGCUACCCCAUGGCCGUGGGCCUCAACAAGGGCUACAAGGUGACCAAGAACGUGUCCAAGCCCCGGCAGUGCCGCCGCCGCGGGCGCCUGACAAAACACACCAAGUUUGUGCGAGACAUGAUCAGGGAAGUCUGCGGCUUCGCGCCCUACGAGAGACGAGCCAUGGAAUUGCUGAAAGUUUCCAAAGACAAACGUGCCCUGAAGUUCAUCAAGAAGCGGGUCGGCACCCACAUCCGCGCCAAGCGCAAGCGGGAGGAGCUCAGCAACGUCCUGGCAGCCAUGAGGAAAGCGGCGGCGAAGAAGGAUUGAGCUGUACGGGCUGUAGCUCAAUAAAGUCCUUUCUCACA